UUUGCAGCCUCAUCGUGUCGUCAACCGGGUUUUAUGAUAUUCUAAAAUGCCACAUACCGUACCUGGAUGCCUUCAUCCGAGCAAUGGAAGGAAUGCAAUCGACUGGAAUGAUGGGGGUCUCAUUGCUUAUGGAUCUCAUAAUUUGAUUUUCGUAGUUGAUGUGAUGCAAUACAAAAGGAUACAAUCCAUCGAGCAUCAUCAAUCUGCCAUUAAUAUUAUCCGGUGGUCUCCAGCUCGAUCGCCUUUUGCUGAUUUAUCACCAUCAUCUUUACAACCAAUAAUUGCAUCCUCUGAUAUUAGUGGACAUAUUAUAAUUUCUAAUUCAGUAACUGCAGCACAAAUUAAUAAAUUCUCUCAUCCAAACAGCUCUGUUCUCCGUUUCAGAAAUGUUCUGGUAUCCAUGGAAAGACAUUUCUCGAGAUUUCCUUCUAGUUCUUCAUUCAUCCAGUACAGUUGUUCUAUGGAAUACGGUGACUGGAGAAAAAGUCUGGAAUCAUACAUAUUCCCAUGUUCCACUUUUUGAUUUUACAGUCGAUCCAUUUUCAUUGAGAAAUGUGAUAUUCAGCAGUUCUGGAAACAAAGUACUCGUGUGCUCCGACAUUGCUCUCUCGGAGCCUGCUUCCUCUGGACAUUUAUUUCAAAUAACUUCAGAAGACAAUUCAACAACUUCCACUAACACUAAUAUUUACCUCAUCACAUAUCACAAAGCAUAUCGAAAUACGGUUUUUAUUGCAAUUAAUUCUGGUCUCUACCUAGUCAAUCCUGAAUUAAUGUGUUGUCUUGCUCGUGUUCCCAUCGAAUCAAAUAUUGUAUCUUGGAUGCCAACCGGUCGACGAGAUGCUUUGUUCGCUGUGCAUUCGAAUGGAGCAACCACUUUUCGAGUUACAAAAUUUGAGCCAACCGAGGAGAAAAAGCCGAACGCCAGUUUUUCGAUGGAUAAGGUCUGUCAAACAGAAUGCGUGCGUCCAAUGAACAAUCAGCGAAUCGUAGCAGCUGCACUGUGUCCAACCACUCAAUCAACCGUCUCUGUACUCUAUCAAAGUGGAAAACUUGCAUUCUGGCAACUUAGCAACGGACGUCUACCACUUUUGUAUAGAUCAAGCUUCAUUGAGGAUGUUCUUGAGUUCAACGACAAUCUAUCAACGAAGUCAAUUGGGGAACUAAGUCUACAUCAGCUUAGUCAAAUGGGAUCAUUGUCUUCUGGUGUAACUUGUGUUCGAAUGAGACCUAUGGAUGAGCUAACGAAAGUUGAAAAUGAUCCUUUUGCAAACACAGCUCUCGGAACCCUUCAUCUCGCAGCUGUCGGAACAAAUUCUGGAACAGUUCAUUUGGUCGACGUUUUCACUUCUCAAAUCUAUCGUGAUUUUUGUGUUCAACCAUCUCUUGUUAAAUGCCUUGAAUGGGGCGGUGUUUAUUCUCUUGUUACUGCUGGAUAUAAUCAUUCUUUAAGUGCAUCACAAAUUGUUCGAAAUGAUGUUUUUAUCACUGAUAUUCGAACAGGUUUAGCCAAAAGAAUUCGACCGGAAACUGAUGAAAGUCCGAUCACUAUUAUCCGAGUUUCAUAUUAUCACUGCUAUUUAGCAAUCGCCUUCCAACGUGAACCACUCGAAAUAUGGGAUUUGAAAGGACUUCGAAUGCUUCGGAAAAUGAGUCGAAGCUGUCCACUGAUUAUUGAUAUGGCAUGGUCGAACAAACAUCAUAGUAUUAAAACAACUGAAUCUACCCUUCAAAGUGUUUAUCGAGAAAAUCUUGUUCUUCUCGAUUCGGAGAAUCGAAUCUAUCACAUAACACUACGAGGACUUCAUGUUAGAGACGGAAAAAUAGUGAAUACACAGUGGAAAAGCGCGAGUGCUCAAAUAUGUGCGAUGGCUUGGAAGGAUGAUAUUCUGGCAGUUGGUGAUGUUGAAGGAAAUCUGGUUGUUUGGGAUUUAGGUAGAAGACAAUCUAGACAAGUACGAGAUGUAUCACAUUCAAGAGUUCAUCGAAUGACAUUCUCAAGACUUGCUGGAGAUCAUACGAUGGCUGUACUUCAUUCGAAAGAAGUUACUCUAUGGGAUACGGAGGCAAUGACUCGAAUACAAUCAAUUCGUAUGGAUUCAUCGAAAUUAUGUCUUGAUGCGGACCUUUGUGGAUUAUCGCCGUUGGUUCUUUCAAAUGAUAAUACAUUGCGUUUUGUGGUUUCUAAUACGAAAAAUCAACCGAUUUUGGAGAAAGAAAUCCCAUUCCUCUACAAAGAUGACUCGAUGAAUAAUGUUCGUAAACACCUUGAAGGAUCCGGAAGCCGAAAAUCUUCAGAAGACAGAAGUUCGGCUGAUAAAUCAGAGGACAGCACACUCGAAGACGCAAUUGCAUGGAUCGAUCAGAAUCAGAGACCUCAAAUUGAAACACUUGAAGCUGACUUAUCAAAACUUCAACGUGAACGAGUAGUACGGCGAUUUAUCGGGGAUCACUUUUCGGCUGAUCUUCUAUCCAUUGUCAUCGAUCGAUUUGCUCAUUCGGAAACAGAACAUUUGGCUCCAAAUCUACAAAUGUUCUGGGAGAAUGGAGCAUUUAAAGAACGAGAAUCACGAGUUAUCAGUGUAGCGUGUGCAGCUGAACAAGCAAUGGAAAGGAGAUUAGUCGAACAAGCUGUAGUUGUUGGAGGAUCUGCAAAGGAAAGAGUCACCGAUCGAUUGAUUGUUUCUGCAGAUCUUCGGUACGCAAGCAUCAAAGCAGCGUUGCUAGUCUCUUGUCAGGAUAACGAAAAAGCAAAAUCUCUGAUAAAGCUCAUCGCUACAAAUUUGAUUGCAUCCGAUUUGAUUGAAGACGGAGUUGAACUAUUGUUCUUGGUCGGAGCUGGUGGAGAUGCUUGCAAGUAUCUACAAUCACAGAAAUUAUGGACGAAAAGUAUUGUAUAUGCAAAGAUGGGAUUGGACGAUCCUACUGAAGUCGAGUCAAAAUGGAUCGGACACCUUGCCGACGAGGCUAAACAAAUUCGUGUUUUAGCCGAAGCAUCUCGUCGUAAUUGGCCCGACGUUGUUGAAGCGACAUCCUCUGCUGAUGCUAUUCUAGCUCGAUUGAUUCUACGAACAACCACAUCCACUCCACCUCUGUCUUCUUGUCCUACACCGUGAUUAAUUAGUUUUUUCGUGUUUGGUUGUGAAAUAAUCACUGUGUAAAUAGCGGAAAGUGAUAUAUAAUUUAAAUUCUAAUUUAUAAGGCGAAUUUUGAAAAGCUUGUGAAUAUAGAUAAAUGGGUUCCUGCUU